AUGAUGCAAGAUUUGGACCCCGAAGCAGGCGGCAGCUGCGGUGGCCAUGAAGGCCAAAAGAGUGGUCUGCCAAAGCGGGUCCGACAGGACCGCGGUGCAAAGGCAGCCAAGAAGGCGGCGAAGAUGAGCAAGGAGACCUGGAACAAGUUCCAGACCGCCAAGUACCAGAAGGAGUGGCCAAAGCCUGACUACAUGCUGGAGAAGAUCGAAGUGAAGGCAGUCCGCGAUGGAGGCCAGGGCGCGUACCGCGACCGAACCUACGAAAUCAUCACCAGGUGGACGGAGAACACCCAGAUCCAGCAGCUCAGCUUCUGUGGACAGCACUGA